AUGGAAGAUGAAAGAGAUUGGGGACCCAAACCUUUCAGGUUUCUAAAUGCCUGGACUCUUCAUCCAAGCUUUUCUAAACUUUUUGUUGCUAUUUGGAGCAGCUCUUUGGUCACUGGAUGGGCUGGCUACAUACUUGUUCAAAAAUUAAAGCAUCUGAAACUAGCACUGAAGAAAUGGAAUGUUGAGGUAUUUGGUGAUGUCUCAUAUGAACUUAAAGUUUCUGAAGAGGAACUUCAUGCAAUUGAUAUUUUGGCAGAAGAAAGACCUCUGACUCAAGCUGAAUUGGCAAGAAGAAGAGUGGUCAGAGGUGAGAUGUGGAAGCUUCAUAGGAUGGUGGAGUGGAUUUGGCACCAAAAAUCCAGAUUGAACUGGACUCUCAAUGAGGAUAAGAAUACUAGGUUUUUCCAUGUUUUUGCCAAUGCUAGACAGAGCAGGAACAUGAUUAACUCUAUCGAAGUUAAUGGAGUAUCUCAUGAGGAUCCUCACAGGGUUAAGCUUGAGGUCAAUCAACACUUCAAGAAACAGCUUGCAGAGGAUUGGGUUACAAGACCUGUCUUGGAAGGGGUUUUCAAGACCAUUGGGUCAGACUAUGUAUUUCAACACCUUGUCUCAGAGUUCAGUGAAGCUGAGGUUUUGGCUGUAAUUAAGGAUUGCAAUAGCAACAAAGCUCCAGGCCCUGAUGGUGUUAACUUGUUGUGUUAUCAGAAAUUUUGA